UAUCAUACAUAUUUUUCCCUACUCUACUUGUUCCGUUAUUAGUAUUAUUUUUCUCUCGGACAAGCGAACAUAAAAUCAUUCCUUCUCAUUUUCCUUCCCCUUCCCUUCCUUGCUUUUAUUAAUCUCCCCCAACCCCCAGAAGAUUCUCCAACAUCAUCUUCCUCUCCAGCUCACCUUUUCCCCCACCCUUUUCCUUUCCCUUCCUUCCUUCCUUCCUUCCUUCCCUCACUCCCUCCCUCCCUCCCUCCCUGCUCUGCUGCCUGUUCUACAUCCAAUAGCAUCACCAUUUUGAUCCCUUCCUUUUUCCACUUCAAUUCUAGGGUUUUCUUUUUUCUUUUUUUUUUUCAAUUUUUUUCUUUUGUGAUGAUUCAUAGGUAUGUUUUCUUAUGGGAUCACUAUGUUCUUUGAUCCCUUACUUUCCAAUCAAAAUCAGCAUACUCUGUUUUCCUAACUUGAUGUAGUAGUGUUUCAAUGGAUGGUCAAUCUCUUUCAUUGAAAUCUAGGGUUUUUCCAGGGUUUUUCUUCUAAUAAGAUGAGGCAAAGUGUUUACUGGGUCGACUCUAAUAUCACUUGAAUCCUUCAAAUUCAGUUCUCUUUUUAUCUGGUGAAUCUACCUUAGCCCUUUUCGUUGUUGUUCUCUUUGUUUUUUUGUUUGUUUGUUUGUUUUUUUUUUUCCCUCUCUUUUUCGCUUUGUUGGAAACAGAAGAAGCGAAGUCUACUGAGUCGUCUUACAUGGCGUAUCAGCCACCGAUUCCUGGUCCAAGUUCGGGAUCGGGUUUGGGUCCCGGGUUUCAAUUCCUGAAUUCCCCUUUUGGUGAUACCACCUACACCAAAGUGUUUGUGGGAGGACUUGCUUGGGAGACUCAGAGUGAGACCUUGCGUCGCUACUUCGAGCAAUUCGGAGAUAUUCUCGAGGCUGUUGUCAUCACCGAUAAGAAUACUGGCCGAUCCAAAGGCUAUGGUUUUGUGACUUUCCGGGACCCCGAGUCUGCAAGGAGAGCCUGUGUUGAUCCAACCCCAAUAAUUGAUGGUAGGCGGGCAAAUUGUAAUUUGGCUUCACUUGGACGACCUCGACCUUCAAUACCUACUGGACGUCUUCGAUCGCCAACACCUUACCUUGGAAGUUUGCCUGCUGCCCGGGGGGCGUACAUUGGAAAUUUUGGCUACCAACAACCAGUUUCUUACAACUACCAACAAGGGUUCAUGUAUCCUCCAUAUGGGUACACAGCGACAUAUGGUCCUGACUACGUCUACCAACAGGGUGUUUACAAUCCUUAUGUGGGUCAGCAAUACCUUCAUUUAUAUGGCGUACCUGGAACAAUUAACUCAGCAAUGUAUCCUUAUAGCCAACUGGGUCAGACUAUUCCUGGCAGUCGGGGUUAUACAGCAGUGCAGGGCUAUGCAAUGCCAGGUCAUCAGAUUGUGCAAUUUGGUGGACCUAGUGUCAAUGGAGUAACAACUUCACCUGUUCCUACAAUUCAGGCACCAUAUCCUACAGGCAUUGCAGCACCUGUCCCAGCACAACCACAGUUCAUAGUUCCUGCUACUCCUCAGUUCAUGCAAGGUAGCGGUUCUGACCAAACAGCAGGGUGAUGGGUUGAUCAAGGUAUCCUUAGAUUGCAGCAGGACUAAGAGCAGCGGUACUGCUACUUGAGUGGCAGACUCCGGAUCUAGCCUUGCAAAUUAUUCAUUUCGCAUUCUAGAGGUCAUACAUAGUCAUGCUCACCAGAGAAGUCAUAUGUCUGAGUCGCUCCAGGUGACGGAGAAAGGAACGUGGAAGAUGCAGGCUGCUCUUCCUUCACCAUUGUGUAUUUAAACCCUCGUAUACUGCCAGUUCUUUGGAGGACUGAUAAUCAUGGUUUGAUGGAUGCUGGAAUCGGUUUCUGGCUACCAUGUAGGAAUAAACCUUUGUAAAAAGUCAUUAGAAUCAAAAUAUGAUUCUUUCACAGUAUAAUCCCUGCAUUUUGGGUGUGUAGAUAAUCUCUGGUGUUCUUGUGUUGGUGGUUCAUGCAUGUAUUUAAGUGUCAUUUGUCUUGUGCAUAGCAGUAGCUGGAAUUUGUUGCCAACUCUUUGUUUGGAUUUAUUUCAAGAGCCUGACUUCAUUUAUGGGGAGAAGCUCCAGUUCUUUACUAAGGAAAUUUUGUGUUGAUACUUACAUGUUAAUUACUAUUUUUAUUUUAUUUUUAUAUAAUAUAUUUGAUUA